AUGGCGACCGCUGCGCAGGAAGCAGAGAUCAAGCAGCAGGGCGCCUUCGAGGCGUCGCGCGACCCCACAAGCCCGGUGUCGGCCGAGGAUGCAGAGCUCAAGGCCAUGAUGGAGAGCAAGAAGGCGGGCGUGCAGGCGUUCUCGUUUGAUCCGAACGCGACGGCCGAGGAGAAGGCCGCGCAAGCUGCAUCCCAUGUGCCGGAGGGAUUCCACCACCAGCACAAGACGAAGGGGUAUGCGAUUGCGGCGGACAUCGAGGAUGGGAAGCCGGGCGCGUACGAUCUGCCGCCGCCGACCACAGCGGGUGCGAUUGAGCCGGUGAAGACUAAGGAUGGGAAUAUAGUGCAGGGGCAGCAGGAGGGCGACAAGGAGAAGUGGGUUGAUCGCACGGGAUGGGCGCCGAGGUUUGGCAAUGGCGAGGAUCCUGGUGCCGCGGAGGGGGAGUCGUUCCUUGACCACCAGACGUGGGUGGAGGGGAAGCUCUCGGAUAAGUUCUAUGGAGACUGGUAUCACAAUACGGCGGUCAUUAUUUUUGCCUGUUUGGCUUCCUACUUUAUUGCCGUCCUCGGCGGUGGAUUGGCCUGGGUUUUCCUGAUCAUGACCUCGUGUGGCACGUACUAUCGCACAUCGCUCCGCCGUGUAAGGAGGAACGUCCGCGACGACAUCAAUCGCGAGAUGGCUAAGGCUAAGUCCGAGUCUGACACUGAGAGCUUGGAGUGGAUGAACAACUUCAUGGACAAAUUCUGGCCCAUCUACGCCCCCGUCAUCGCAGACACCAUCAUCAACUCCGUCGACCAGGUUCUCAGCACCGCGACCCCCGCAUUCCUCGACAGCAUGCGCAUGCGCUUCUUCACGCUCGGCUCGAAGCCACCGCGCAUGGAGCACGUACGCAGCUACCCCAAGGCGGCCGACGACACUGUUCUCAUGGACUGGAGAUUCAGCUUCACGCCUAACGAUACCGCGGAUAUGACCGCCAAGCAGAUCAAGAACAAGAUCAACCCCAAGGUGAUUCUCGAGAUUCGCAUCGGUAAGGCAAUGGUUAGCAAGGCGAUGGAUAUCAUUGUCGAGGACUUCGCCUUCUCCGGCCUGAUGCGCGUCAAGAUCAAGCUCCAGAUCCCGUUCCCCCACGUCGAGCGCAUCGAGGUGUGCUUCCUCGACCCCCCGGUUAUUGAUUACGUCUGCAAGCCUGUGGGAGGCGAGUACCUUGGUUUCGAUAUCAACUUUAUUCCGGGUCUUGAGACCUUCAUCAAGGACCAGAUUCACUCCAACAUCGGCCCGAUCAUGUAUGCGCCCAACUCCUUCCCUAUCGAAGUCGCCAAGAUGCUCUCUGGCUCCCCCGUUGACCAGGCCAUUGGUGUUGUUGCGGUAACCCUCCAUCGCGCCCAGGGUCUCAAGAACACUGAUAAGUUUGCUGGUACUCCGGAUCCAUACGUCGCAUGCUCCCUGAACUUGAGAGAGAUUCUCGCCCAGACAAAGAUUAUCAAGCAGAACGCCAACCCGGUCUGGAACGAGACCAAGUACAUCAUUAUCACUUCUCUUCAAGAUUCUCUUACCCUGCAAACCUUCGACUACAACGAAAUCAGAAAGGACAAGGAGCUUGGUGUUGCCACAUUCCCGCUUGAAAAGCUUCGCGAUGUUCCUGAAUACGAUAAUGAGCAACUGGAGGUCCUGUCCAACGGCAAGCCUCGUGGUGUCAUUGCUACCACCAUUCGCUUCUUCCCUGUUAUCGGCGGCGGCAAGACUAAGGAUGGAAAGGACGAGCCUGUACCGGAAUCGAACACUGGUAUUGCCCGCUUCACCGUUUCUCAGGCUAAGGACUUGGAUGGUACCAAGAGUUUGAUCGGCCAGCUCAGCCCGUAUGCCAUCUUACUUCUCAACAACAAGGAGAUCUUCACCUCCAAGAAGCUUAAGCGCACUAACAACCCUAUCUGGGACGGCUGCCACAAGGAGAUUCUCAUCACGGAUCGCAAGUCUGCAAAGCUCGGCUUGGUUAUCAAGGAUGACAGAGGACUACAGACUGAUCCUAUCCUGGGUACUUACCAGAUCAAGCUGAACGACAUGCUGAGGCUUAUGGAGAAGGGCCAGGAAUGGUACAAUCUCGCUGGAGACAAGUCUGGCCGCGCUAAGAUGACUCUGCAAUGGAGGCCCGUUGCCCUUACCGGCGUUGGAGCAGGAACCGGCGGAUACGUUACCCCUAUUGGUGUCAUGCGCAUCCACUUCAAGAACGCACGCGAGAUCCGCAAUGUCGAGACCGUCGGCAAGUCUGAUCCAUACGCAAGGGUUUUGCUUUCGGGCAUUGAGAAGGGUCGCACUGUGACCCACCUGAACGAUCUCAACCCCAACUUUGACGAGGUCAUCUAUGUCCCCAUGCACAACGAGCGCGAGAAGCUCAUCCUCGAGCUGCUGGAUCAGGAGAACCUUGGAAAGGACCGUACUUUGGGCCAGGUCGAAGUUUUGGCUAGUGACUACAUCAAGCAGGGCGAGAACGGAGAGUAUCUCGUCUCUGACGCGAAGACGCCGCAAGCGAAGGGUCUCCAGCUACACGGAGAGGGUACCUCCAAGGGCACGCUCAACUUCGAUGUUUCCUUCUACCCAUGCCUUAACAUCGCCGAUCCCGAAGAUGAGGAGGAGAAGAAGCACACGCGCCCUGCUUCAGAAAUAUCCGCGACACCUGGUCGUAAAUCUAUCGAGAGCGUGGCCACGAACCUUACCAAGGAUGCUGUUGCUCAGGAGAACGCGAAGGUGAAUGGUGACGGCAAUGUUAACAAGGACUUGGCCGGCGCUCUCGCACAGGGAGAGCAAGAACAGGAGGACCUGGACGAGGAGAAGAUGGCGCCAAAGAUCAAGCUCUCUCCCGAGGAACUCCUCAAUCACGACAGCGGUCUCGUCAUCUUCAAGCUCUUGGAGGCUGAACUGCAAGAGACCAAUGUGCAUGUGGAGGUCUUGGUUGACGACAUGCUGUUCCCGUCGUACUCGUCUGCGGAGGUGAGGACGAAGCAUCACACUUUUGACGAGAUUGGAGAUUGCUUUAUCCGUGAGCUUGAGUUCUCGAGGCUUACGAUCCAAUUGAGCAAGAAGGCUAAUGUUCGCGGGGACGACGACGAUGAUGACAGGGUUGUUGCUAAGCUCACCGGUAACACGAUGGAUACUGUGAAGCAAUGCCUUAACAACCCUACUGUUUUGAAACUAAAAGGCGAUAGAGGACAAGUCAGCACCAUCAAGGUCAGCCUCAAGUACAUUCCCAUACAGAUGCUCCUCGACCCCAGCGAGAGCUUGAACAACAUGGGAACUCUGCGCGUUGAUAUUCUCGACGGUGUCGACAUGCCCUCGGCCGACCGCAACGGAUACAGUGAUCCAUUCUGCAAGUUCGAGCUCAACGGCGAGAACGUCUUCAAAACCCACGUCCAGAAGAAGACCCUGUCGCCAGUCUGGAACGAGUACUUCGAGACCGAGAUCCCCUCGCGCGCAGCUGCCGACUUCAAGUGCAAAGUCUACGACUGGGACUUCGCCGGCGACGACGACCACCUAGGAGACGCCAGGAUCGACCUCAGCAGCAUCGAGCCAUUCAGGCCCCAAGAGCUCAAGCUACCCCUCGACGGCAAAUCCGGCACCAUCCGCAUCCGCCUCGUCUUCCGCCCGGCCUACAUCACGCGCACCCGCCACGGAACAUCGACCUUCUCCGACAACUUCGCCGUCCCCGGCAAGAUCGUCACCGGCGUCGCCGGCGUCCCCAUCAAGGGCGUCAGCAUAGCGGCCUCUGGCAUCGGCGCGGGAGUCGGCCGCGGCGCGUCGUUCCUCAAACAGGGGUUUAAGAGCAAGAAGGACAAGAAUAACUCCGUCGCCAGCGUGAUCGUCGAGGACACGGAUGCUAACGGCGCCCACCCCACAGGCGUCGAGACGAUCGUCACCGGCGGCGCCAUCGCGGCCGCGCCUAGUAGCGACUCCCUCGCCCCGUCGCACACGCGCAAUAAGAGCGUGACAGCCGGAUCCAUCUACAGCACCGCCGGCGGCGCGGCGCCGACGGGUAGCGCGACCAUCACGAUUGUGUCAGCGGACGGGUACCCGCCUUCCAGCAACAUCAUGGUGGUCAUCCGCCAGCUGCCGAAGGAGAAGCAGGUCCACAAGACCAAGCACAUCAAGUCCCCCAGCGGCUCCGUCAAGUUCGAUGAGACCUUCUCGGCGGCGUGCAGCGCGGACACGCAGUUCCAGCUGCAGGUGAAAGAUCAUGCGACGUUUGGAUCCGAUGAGGUGCUCGGGCAGAGCGUGUUCUUUGUCGAUGAGAGCGGGACGCAGCAGGAGAAGAUUGUGGCGGCGGGGAGUGGACAUGUAGUUGUGAAGAGCAACUUUGUUCAGAGGGAGGAGGUUGGGGGGAGAGCCCGGCGAGGGGGGGGUUGA